CUCAGCGCCCGAUCUCGGCCCGCCGGCACCUCCGCCGCCGCCGCGCCGCCGCCGCCGCCGUUGAAGCACUCUGACGGUUCUUUCUGUUUGUAUCUCUUUCUAUGUCUCUGUUUAUCUCCUUCGUGCUCUUAUUCCUGCAAAUUGUGAGAUUAUAGCGAUCUAUAUGCUCAUCAAUUCGUCUAUUCAUUGUGUGUGGUGAAGUGGCAACUGAGAAUUCUUGGUCAAACUCGUUGUUUUGAUCAUUGAUCGGGAGUUGAUAGUUUGGUUGAGGCUACUUGCUUAACACCUUCCUGCUACUUUGCACUAGUUCUCUGGGUGUUGGAUAUGGGCGCUCCCAAGCAGAAAUGGACAGCAGAGGAAGAGUCUGCACUUAAAGCUGGAGUGAUCAAGUAUGGGGCUGGGAAAUGGCGCGCAAUUUUGAAAGAUCCAGAAUUUAGUGGGACAUUGUGCUUGCGGUCCAAUGUUGAUCUCAAGGACAAAUGGAGAAAUUUGACUGUGACGGCAAGCGGAUGGGGAUCUCGAGAGAGGGCUAGGCUUGCCCUAAAAAAGGGCAAAGAUGUGCCAAAGCAUGACGACAAUCCCCUCGCUCUUGAAGUUGUCGAAGACGAAUUUGAUGAUGAAAUCAUCGACGCAAAGCCUCUUGCAAUCUCUGCUGAAAAUUUGCAUAUCAACCGGCCACAGAAAGCUUCCUUAAAGCUGGAAAGUCUGAUAUUUGAAGCUAUAAUGAGUCUGAAAGAGCCUUCUGGAUCUAACAAGACUGAUAUUGCCAUAUAUAUUGAGGACCGGCUCGUGACUCCUCCAGAAGAUCUUAAAAAAUUGUUGUCAGCAAAACUGAAGGCUUUGACUGCAAGUGGGAAGUUGAUCAAGGUAAAGCGCAAGUAUAGGGCAGCAACUGGUCCAUCUGCUUCAGAAGGGAGAAAAUCCAAUGGUUUGCUUUCUGAGGGAAGACCAAGGGACACCUCCAAAUUGGAGAAAGAUGGUCCCAAAAUGUUACUGAAAUCUGAAAUCGAUGCUGAGUUAGCGAGCAUGAGAAACAUGACUGCAAAGGAGGCUGCAGCUGCUGCUGCUCGAGCAGUUGCUGAGGCAGAGGCAGCCAUGGCAGAAGCUGAGGAAGCAAUGAGGGAGGCUGAGGAGGCCGAAGCCGAGGCAGAAGCAGCACAAGCCUUUGCUGAGGCAGCAAUGCGGACUCUGAAUAACAGAACUGCAGCCAAACAGAAGCCUCGAGCUUGAGAGGAUCGUCUUCGCUCUCCAAACUGCUUUUCGUGAGCUUU